AGAUCAUUCCCAAAAAACUGUAGAUCUACAGUUAAAACUGUAGACAUGGCAACACUGCCAACAUGCAUCCAGUACACAUGAUAUAAAUUAAUAGUCAUAUUAUCGUUUUAGAAAUAUAUGUGGUUCCUGCUUGUUAACGUUUUAUCUCCCAUCCAAACGUUGUUAAGUUUUAAUUAUUUAUAUUUUGUAUGUUGUUUUAAAUAUUUAUAUAUUGAAAUAUGGAAAAUGCCACAAAUAUUUCACCUAGAUCACAGCAACAAGAGUUUUAUGAAUAUUUUGGCGAUGCAAGUCGUGUCACUUGGGAUUUGUAUAAUUUAGAAAAAGAUGUGCGUUCUUUGGAAAGAAAAAUUGGUUUUGCACUUUUUGGGGCUCCAGCAAAAAUGCCUGAUGGAACUGUACAGGACUCCCAAGGAAAGUUGAUUCAUCACACAGGAUAUGAUGACAAACAAGUGGCUAUCAUUGAACAAAUAUCUAAACAAAUUAUUGCUCAAAAUAAAUUUAGUUUUCUCACAAAUGAGCUUCAUAUGGCAGUAUUAUUUGUGCUCUGUGUACACAAUAAAGAUGGUACAGUUCCUAAUAUGCCAGUACGAGAUAAUACAUCAGUAGUGUAUGAGCUUUAUCCUGUGUUUCGUAUUCGCAAGUGUGUCAAAGACUUUACAGAUAAUUCAGCAAAAUCAAAACCAAUUGCUACCAUUGUUGGUGAUGAAUAUGAUAGCCGAGGAAGAUGCUUUAUAUUUGUUGAUCAUGAAGGCCGUGCAUAUAAAUCAUGGAAUGCCUAUUUAGAAAAUAAUCGUUUGCCUAAAGGCAUACUAGUAGUGCCAAUGGAUGGCAUUUAUAAUGCAACAUUAGGAGGUUCUGGCGAGGCACAGGUACUAUUGACUGAGCAUAAAUCACCUGCAUGUUCUGUAUUGAAACGCGUCCAAAAUUGUGCCGAUACCGCUGGUUUAUUGGCCUCGGUGGGCGCCACUUGCGUUGGUGUUGCUGCAGCGAUACCAGCUAUACCAGUGGCAGCCGGCGUUAUGGCCGGAGCAGGCGUAGUCGGCGCGACCUCAGCCGCAUAUUCAGUUAUAAGAAGUUCUUUCAACCUCGCUGAUCGCAGUCACCAUAAACAGAGUUUGCAUAUAAAAGACAAAGAAGCUCGAAAUGAUUGGUUUGGCAUUGCGGGCGGUUCAAUUGGCUUGGCAGCUGGAGGAGCAACAAAGCUAUUGGGAAAUAUUGUUGGCCGAGGAGUUAAUGUUGGUGCACAUGGGAAAAAUUUAAUAAAUGUUUUAAAUGGUGUUUCAAUUGCAAUGAAUGGAGUAAAUGUGGCUCAUGGCAUUUACCAGAUAUUUGAUGUUGUUGUGAAUGAAAAGGAAACUCCUGAUCCAUUGUUGCUUUUCCAAGUAUCUACUUCAAUAUUUUUCUUCACUCACUCUAUAAUAAAUGUAAGGACAGCAGAGACUAUGAUAAAAGAUAAGCAGAAUGAGGUUAUCGAGGAAUACAAAAAUAAUUUAAGGAGCAAUAGGCACAGAAAGAUGUUUACUAAAAUGGAGAAAGAAACAAUACGAUUGGCUGGAAAUGAAGCAUCUGGCAGAAGUGAUAUCAUACGCUUCAUUAAUAAUGUGAAUGAUAAAAAUGACUUUUUCGCUGGGGCUAUAAGAAUAAAUAAAGGGUUGAAUGCAAACAAUGUCAAAAUAUCCUUUUCUCCAGAUGGUUAUGCCAAACUCAACAAUGUAGAGACUAUUGAUCCAAUGCAAUUCUGGGCUACUGAUAGAACCAACCAAGCUUCAACAUUUUCAAGAUUACCACCUCCUCCAUCUAGCACUGUACAAACGGUGCAGUUAAGGAGCACUCAAGCUAAUGUUCAAAAUAUAAUAAAAUUAGCAAUAACAAAUAAAACAAUUAUAAUGGAAAUGCUGCAUCUUGUGCAGCAUGCUCAAGAUGGUGGUCGAAAUGCCGUAAUUGAAAGAAUCAGUUUUUACCUUUGUUCAUUCGUACCAUAUGUUCAAGAGAUGUUUAUGAAAUUCUUAUUCACUUUUAUAGAAAAGGCAGAAUUAAUUUUACAUGAUCAAUUGGGUAGAGUUUUACAAGGUGGCAGUGUUAAUCAGUUUGAAUUUCUGUUUAACUUUUUGUAUGCAUUCUUGAGCGAACAAACUUACCUACUUUUGAAAGAUCGAAGUUUAAGCAAUAACAGUUUUUUUACGGAAAUGCAAAAUAUCAUCAAAAAGUUGUGUGGUAGUAAUAAGGAGAGAUAUUUAAAUCAGAUUAUGAGCGAUCUUAUCAAUGAGCUUGAAGAAAUUUUGAAUAAAAGGCAGCAAUGCUCAAUAACAAGAAACCGUAUUGAUUGCAAGAUCUGCAAUGGCUAUCAUUAUGAACCAAAAUAAAUGUUAUCAGAUUUUAAUUAGUCUAUGACUAGUAACUCUAAUUGACUCUCAUAGCAUGCAGAUCAUUAAGUAAUCAAUAUUUAAAUAUUUUAUCCAAACUAGUAAAAACAAUUCCAAUUAGCUAAUGAGCACUUACAUUUCACGUAAACAUAUUAUGUAAGCAAUGGAACCACUUAAAUCACGUAACAUGGGUGUGAUGCCUAAUAUUCAUGUGCCUUAUUUUUUAUUUGAUUUAUUUUAAAUGGAACUUAAAAUUGUUGAUCAAUUUUCUAUUUAAAUUCAUUUUUUAACAAUAACGCUUUUAUAAAUAUUUAUUAUAGGUUUGAAUAAAGUGAUUGAACAUUACAUAUCAAAGUCAUAUAGGCUUUUUUAAUGCUUAACAAAAUUUUAUAUUGUAGAAAUAUUUUAC